CGCGAUCACCUUCUCCUUCUUCAUCCUCCUCCUCUUCUCGAUUUGCCUCGUCCAUUAAUGCUAAGAGUGUCGGGGAGCAGGAUGAACCAUCGCCAUCCGGAGCAUGAGCCCCUCGAGCACUUCCAAACGCCGCUUGCAGAUCGCUUGUUGCGGCAUCGAUUUACUGAGGAGAGGCAGUUGCGGUACGACGUCCAACAGGUGAACGUGCCAGCGCCCGGGGUUGCUGACUUGGCGGCAUACUCGUUGCUUUGCGAUCGGCUGACGUAUGCGGGGGUGUACGAGGACGUGACGCAGUUGCCCGACCGGGAGACGACCCGAGUAUUCAUUGAGUUCCGUGCGCUCCAGGUGGCACCCAAUUUCGUGCACAGCGUCGCCACCUUCAUCGGAGACUUGACGAUCCUCCCGCAGGAGAAUCGGGAGCCGGCGCACAGCUUUGUGCGCGAGUACGCGGUAGAAGCGGUCAGAUCAGUGGCCAGAGUGCAAGGACGGAGCGGGCACCGAUUCACAACCCACGAAGUCCUGCUGCCCACCCUCCCCUACCAGCUAACGGCGGGCCCUUACCCCAUGCGCGAGUUCUCGGAGUACCUGGUGGAGCUAACUGACGUGGAGCCGCUGCCCUUCGCCGACGAGGACGCGUGGGAGUUGCACCGUGCGCUGUACAAGUCGGUGGCGCUGGGGAUGUUCCGGUUCUUCGUGGAUCACGAAGACCACACUACCGGUGAGCACUUCGUCGUUUACUACGUCAUCACGCGACCCAAGCCAGCGGAGAAGGAAGGGACGGUAGCGCUGUACCCAUUCGCCCAGCUCCAGACAAUCGAUCCGGGAUUUUUGAAGCUCAUACAUCUUGAGCUCCUCUCCAUCGCGCAAGUGAUCGCGAGCGAGGAGGAGGAGAUCCAACUACGAUUGCGGACGGCGAUGGCCCCGCGGAGAACGUACAACGAGGUCGUCAUCCCGGAUUACAUUGCGCAGCGGUCGGAGAGAUUGGAGGACUUCCCGAAGGAAAGGCCGUUGCGUCCUCCCUCAUCGUACUCUCGGCCAGCGCCACUAAAGGCCCCCAAGAAGACGCCGAAGAGAAAGAGACGCCACCCGUCGCCAGAAGCGCAAGGCAGCAGGAUCGGCGGCGGCGAGGAGGUGAUUCAGCCCGCGCGCGCGGCGACGCUCGUUAAGGAGACUAUCGUGCCAUCGCCGCCCAUUCCGCGUGUGCCCGACCUCAAUCCUGAUGGAGACGGGCCAUCAUCAACAGCAGCAGCCCGAGGAGGAAGCCGAAUGGGAUUUCCGGAUCCCAUAUCCAGACCCCCCGUCCUCGCGGGACCUCUCCGUUCCCGCCAACCACCCCGGGAUGCCCCGGUUAUUGACCUUAGUAGUUCAUCCGAGCCGAACCGUCCAUCCGACCGAGGUGGACUUCAUGGUGGAGCCCGCCACCAUUAGGCUAAAGGCCAUCGCGGGGGUGCCGCGCCCUGAUCCGACGUGGGAGCCAUAUCUGACACCCCCUUUUCAAGGGUGUAUUGCGGCGCGAUUGGCCGGGACGCU